AAUAUAGACAUCGUGAGCAGACAUUAAUUGUAGAUUAAGAAGUUUUUCAUUACGAUGUUUCAAAAUUCAUUUAUUCUCUCUCUCUCUCUCUCUCUCUCUCUCUCACUUUCUCUCUUGUCUCUCCCCUUCCUCUCUCUUUUCCCCUCUUUCUCUUCCUGACAAUUUCGUAUUGAUUGCAGCAUGGAGUUUGUAGUUGUACCCCUUUAAAAUACACGCACAUCGAUUUAUGCGGACAUCUACCUCAACCUCAUCACCUCCCGUACAGUGGCAAUCCCGUCUUAGCUAUGUCCUAUUGCUAUCUGAUCCAAGGAAAAUGUCUGACACUGCGAAAUGAUCUUCCUUACGAAAUGCAAUACGUUUGCGAACUCGACUGCAAGCCCAUCUGUACAUCUUGCCCGCCCUGCAAAAUUCCCUGUGAUCCCUGUGGCACCCCUUGUCCUCCAAUCACCGGAUGUCCCACUUAUUCAAAUACGAAUUCCUGUGAGCGUCAAGCGCAAUCCUAUCCACCUGCUCAAUCCGCGUCGCUAAAACCUAAUUCAGAAACGAUGUACCAGGGAGCAAUAUGUCAACCAAAUGUCCAAAGAAACGAAUUGAAUCCGCGUGUAUGA